CCGACGAUGAAGGACAUCUACACGUUCCUCAGCACGCUCUUCGUGCGCGCGCACCUCAGCAGCGAGUGCUCCAUCGUGUGCCUCAUCUACGUCGAGCGGCUCAUGGAGAAGGCGAACGUGCCGCUGCUCGCGGCGACGUGGCGGCCCAUCCUGCUGUGCUCCAUGCUGCUGGCGUCCAAGGUCUGGCAGGACUGCGCGUCCUGGAACAUCGAGUUCUCCGUCGUGUUCCCCCAGUUCUCGCUCGCGGCGAUCAACGCGCUCGAGCGGAACUACGUGACGGCCGUCGGCUGGGACAUGUACAUCUCCCAGUCGCUCUACGCCAAGUACUACUUCGCCCUGCGGUCCCUCAACGAG